ACCGGUUUCUAUUCUUCUCGGCGCUCGCGGAUAACAGGAAAAAAGGCGAAAAGGGGAAGUGCGGACCAAGUUUACCUCUGAGUGGAUUUCAUCCUGAGACUACACACCUUUUCAUCUCUCAGUUUCUUUCAGUCUUAAUCUCUCUCUUACUCGGAAGUUUAGCUGCGCGCGGGCCAGCCUGAAUGUUUCCGUGUGUUUGACUGAGAAGUGUUGUCCUACCAAGACGAGGUGAAUGUACAGCAUCAUGAUGGAAACGGACUUACAUUCCCCCGUGAUGCCCCAGACUAACCCAUCCAACCCGGGGGGACACGCGGGAGGAGGAGGAGGGGGAGCCGGCGGCAAAGUCCCCCAGGACAGAAUCAAGAGACCCAUGAACGCAUUCAUGGUCUGGUCCCGGGGUCAGAGGCGGAAAAUGGCACAGGAGAACCCCAAGAUGCACAACUCGGAGAUCAGCAAGCGGCUGGGUGCAGAGUGGAAGGUGAUGACCGAGGCGGAGAAAAGACCGUUCAUCGAUGAGGCAAAGCGGCUCCGGGCCAUGCACAUGAAGGAACACCCGGACUACAAGUACCGGCCGCGGAGGAAGACCAAGACGCUGCUAAAGAAGGACAAAUACUCACUGGCAGGCGGGCUCCUCGGCUCACCUGCGGGUGUAGGGAUGGGCGGCGGCCAGCGACUGGAGAGCCCUGGAGGGGGCCACGCAGGAGCAAAUGCGGGCUACGCCGCGCACGUGAACGGCUGGGCAAACGGCACAUACUCUGGCCAGGUGGCGGCUGCAGCAGCGGCGGCUCACGCAAUGAUGCAAGAGGCGCAGCUGGCAUAUACGCAACACCCGGGCGCCGGAGCUCACCCGCACCACCCGCAUCACCCACAUCACCCACAUCACCACCCCCACAACCCGCAGCCCGUGCACAGGUACGACAUGAGCGCCUUAUCUUACAGCCCCAUCUCAAACUCUACACAAAGCUACAUGAGCGCCUCUCCGCCGGGAUACGGUGGUAUCACCGGCUACACUCACCAGCACCAAAGUUCCGGUAUCUCCCCGGUGUCCGGGGCGAUCGGAGGGACUUUGGGGUCCCUUGUGAAAUCUGAGCCCAGCGUGAGCCCCCCAGUUUCCACAGCUCGCGCACCACCGCCGUGCCCUACGGGGGACCUGCGGGACAUGAUCAGCAUGUAUCUGCCGACCGGCGAAGCGGCGGGGGACUCCACGGUUCAUAGCAGACUGCACGUGCUCCACCCGCAGCACUACCAGAGCAGCGGCUCCACUCCGGUAAACGGGACGGUUCCUCUGACUCAUAUUUAAAUCUCUAAAUGUACUACUAUAAGCACUACAAACCACAACCAAAUAUUUAAAUACUUAGAUGUGGGCGCAGGCUGCUGAACUGUAAAUUAAAGGCGUUUAUAGCCAUAAAAAUGCAAUCACUUUGAACAAACUUUUUUAUUGUUAAUUUUAUUUUCUUUCAGUGAUGAAUUUUGUCUGUCUGAG